AUGUCUGCGGAAGAUACAGAUAGCCGCACGGACUCUCGUGCAGGGACUACGGCCCCCGAGUCCACCGUCCCCUCGUCGCCACUCACGACCCCUACUGACGCCGAAGACUCCAAGUCCUCCAUUGAUAAAGAUGACAAUUCAAAGGCCGAACCUCCGGGCGAGGAAGAAGUUGAAGAGAUGGAUACCAAAGCCAAGGCCUUGAUGCACUUGUUAAAGACCAGCUCCGUCUUUGUAGCUAUCAUGUCAGAAAAAAUGAAGAAACAACAAGAAGAAGCCCGAUUGGCGGCUAUAAAGCAGCGUGAACAAGAUGCUGCGAACCAGAAGAAACCCAAGUCCGUUGCUGAACCUGCUCGUCGAACCACUCGAACCAGACAAGACCAAGAUACUGCAGAGGACAAGGCGCCUGGUGGCGAAGGAGAUGGGGAGCCGAAGAAGUCUAAUCGGGGUCGUCCUAAGCGCAAGUCUGCCGCGAACAACGGUAGUACGAUUUCAAAUUUCUUCAAGAAGGCUGACGUGGAAGUGCCUGAUGAGAAUCCCUCUGUGAAGCAGGCCCUUGAGCAGGCUGCCGAUGAUUAUGAGGCAAAUCCCACUGCUCUUGGUGAGCAGGAUCUUGUUGCGACUCAGCAGCCGUCACUUGUGAGUGGUGGAAAAAUGAGGAAGUACCAACUCGAGGGUCUCGAAUGGCUCAAGACCUUGUGGAUGAACGGACUCUGUGGUAUUUUGGCGGACGAGAUGGGACUUGGAAAAACCGUGCAAGCUAUUUCCAUGAUUGCUUUCUUGAAAGAGAAUAAAGUGUCUGGUCCAUUCUUGAUUGCAGCACCACUGAGUACUGUCAGCAAUUGGGUCGAUGAAUUCGCCAGAUGGACUCCGGAUAUCAAAACUGUCUUGUAUCACGGCUCGAAGGAUCACCGAGCUGCUCUUCGAAAGAAACAUAUGCAGAUGAAGAACCAGGGCGAUAUGGACUUUCCGGUGGUGUGCACAUCUUACGAGAUCUGCAUGAAUGACCGAAAGUUCUUGGCUCAGUAUCAAUGGCGCUACAUCGUUGUGGAUGAGGGCCACCGACUCAAGAACAUGAACUGCAAAUUGAUUAAAGAAUUGUUGACCUACAAUUCUGCAAACCGUCUUUUGAUUACGGGAACACCACUCCAGAAUAACAUUUCCGAGCUGUGGUCACUUCUCCAUUUCCUACUUCCAGAGGUCUUCAAUGAUCUCAAUUCGUUCGAGGGAUGGUUUGACUUCUCUUCCGUUCUAGAUAACACAGGCAAAGCGGAGGUUGUUGAGAAACGCAAGCGCAAUUUGGUCACGAGCAUGCAUGCCAUCCUCAAGCCAUUCCUGCUGCGACGUCUCAAGACAGACGUGGAGCACUCGCUGCCAAAGAAGCGAGAAUACAUCUUAUAUGCACCUCUGACUGCCGAGCAGAAAGAUCUGUAUCGGGAGAUUCUCAAUGGUACCGGGCGCCAGUAUCUUGAGGGGAAGGCUCUGGAGCGUCUGGAGAGUAAAAGCCGCAGCUCUACGCGCUCGCAAAGUUUGAAGCGCAAACGUGGUAGCAGUGGAAGUUCGACUCCGGUGAAGAGUAUGAAAUCUAGUGGAGUGUCUACUCCCGCUGGCAAUGGAGAUAAGUCUCUGAGGCGCCGACGGAGCACGCGUCGGAAUUUCAAUGAUCUCAGUGACGACGAGUUUGAUGAGCACCUUCGCAAACUCGAGCUGGGCAUUGAAGUAGAAGAACCAAAAGCUGAGCCGAGCGACGACGAGGUUGAGGAACUGGAACGUGCCCAGAAUUUAAAACUCGCCAAGAAAGAAAUCGGGCAAAAGAAGAUGCAGAACCCAGUCCUGCAGGCUCGCCUUGCCUGCAACUCCCCUCACAACUUCUACUGGCCUUGGACAGACGAGUCAACUCCUGUAGACGAAACACUCGUCUCCGCUUCAGGCAAAAUGCUCCUACUAGACCGCUUGGUUACAUGUCUUCUCUCGCGAGGCCACAAAAUCCUCAUCUUCUCCCAAUUCAAGACCCAACUCGACAUAAUCGAAGAAUGGGCAACAGGACUCCGAUCCUGGGAAUGUUGCCGAAUCGACGGCGCAAUCGCACAAUCAGAUCGCCAGGCCCAAAUCAAAGACUUCAAUACAAAGAAAAGCCACAAAAUCUUCCUUCUUAGCACCCGAGCCGGCGGCCAGGGAAUCAACCUCGUCGCCGCCGACACCGUCAUUCUCUUCGACUCGGACUGGAAUCCCCAGCAGGAUCUCCAAGCACAAGAUCGAGCACACCGAAUUGGUCAGACAAGGCCCGUCAUCAUCUACAGAUUGGCUACCAAGGGCACUGUCGAGCAGACUCUACUCGAGAAGGCGGAUUCAAAGCGUCGUCUUGAACGCCUCGUGAUUCAGAAGGGCAAGUUCCGCUCUUUGCUUGAUCCGAGUACGAAUAUCCAGGAUAUCGACGAGUUGCGCCGCGUCCUGGGUGAGAAUGAGUUCGAGCGCUUCGAGGCUGGCGCGGACCCGGCGACGAUCUUGUCGGAUGCUGACCUGGAAAUUUUGACUGAUCGUUCAGAGGAGGCUUAUUUGCGUGCUGAGAGGGGUCUUGAUCACGAGGGGGCUGCGUUUGUUGCUGUUGAGACUAAGAGGGAGGAUGAGAACCUCUUGUCUUGA